AUGUCUUACGUACACAAAAACUCAUGUGAAUGCCUCAAAUCGGAGCUGGAUUUGUUUUCCGUUCCACCGACUCAAACUAGCAUAACAAAGGGUCAUUGGAUAGAAUUUCACCCCUUUACCUCUAUAACAGAUACUGGUCCAGUACAAUUUAAUAUACAUGGUUCUAACGAAGAAUACAUGUUACGCGUGAAAGCAAAAAUCACGAAUCCAGGCGGAACGGAUCUAGACGCCGAUGAUCCAGUUGGAACAGUCAAUUUACUAUUACAAUCUUUAUUCAAUGAAGUUGAUAUUACAUUGAACGAGAGGUUGAUUACAUCAUCUACCAACGCUUAUUCGUAUAGGGCUAUGAUUGAAACGCUGUUAACCUACGGUACGGAUGCUAAGCAAACUCAUCUUACCGGAGGAUUGUUUUACAAAGAUACUGCAGGUAGAAUUGAUGCGGCUAAUCCUACAGUUGGAAAUGCUGUAGCUAAUAAUGAACUCAAAAAACGUUCUGAAUUUACUAACGGUAGACGUUUGGUGGAUUUGAUAGGGCCUCUUCACUGCGAUAUAUUUUUCCAAGAUCUUAUGAUGCUUAAUGGUGCCGAUGUUAAAAUUAAAUUACACAGAAGUAAAAACUCAUUUUGUCUUAUGUCAUCCGAUGCAGCGGCAGGAUUCAAAGUACAUUUGGAAGACGCCUCAGUGUAUGUAAGAAAAGUAAAACUUAAUCCAUCCGUAGCGCUGGCUCACGCUAAAGCGCUGGAAAAAGGAACAGCUAAAUACCCGCUCCGUCGCGUCGAGGUGAAAACGCUUUCCGUACCGCGGGAAAAUUUAUCGUUUACCAGGGAAUCGCUGUACAAUGGGAAUCUUCCUAAGCGCCUAGUUGUUGGUCUAGUGAGUACAGACGCCUUCAACGGGAGUUACUCUAAGAACCCGUACAACUUUCAGCACUUUAAUACAAACUUUAUGGCCUUCUAUCUAGAUGGUGAGCAAGUACCUUGGAAACCGCUUAAACCAAAUUUCGAAGCUAACGGUGAAGGAAGUUAUAUUUUAGCGUAUCAGAGUUUAUUCUCCGGUUUAAGUACAUUAUUCGAAGAUACCGAAAACCAGAUAUCUAGGGAGGACUACGGAAAAGGCUACUCAUUGUUUGCAUUUGACCUCACCCCAGAUUUAUCAAACAGUGGACAUUUCAAUCUAAUUAAACAAGGAAAUAUACGUUAA